CUGGUGUUGAUCCUCGCGACAAUAACUGCUUCGGUAAUAAUUUCGCUACGGAAUCUCCUGGACCAUAAUGUCGUAAUUUUCCGCUAUCAACGUAAACAAGAAAGCCUACAUAAGUGCUCCUACUCUAUCGUUGAGACCAUGAACCAUAUGUCAAGUUGGAAAUCACAUCAAAAUGUUUCUGGAAUCAUGGAAGGUCGACAAACUGUGAUAGAAAAUUCAAAUAUGACUAAACUAUUAACAUCUGCUUCAAAACCUGCAGAUGGGCUAUAUUUACAGGAACCCAUAGAUAAACACCUUUUCAGGUACAUCCAUAAUCCAGAGAUGACAUGUUUCCACGAGAAUCGCAUGAACAUGGAUGUGCAUGUCGUAUUCUUUGUUCCGUCAGCACUAGGAAAUUUUGACCGUCGUGAAGCCAUUCGCAGGUCCUACGGUAAAAGAGACACGUGGCCAGUUAUCGCUGGUGGUGGUAAAAUGGUGACGGUGUUCAUGCUGGGCUCUACAAGCGAUGCGGGACUUCAAGACAAGAUUGACAUCGAGUCGAAUAAAUACGGCGACAUCGUGCAAGAAUCUUUUAUCGAUUCUUACCUGAACCUGACUCGAAAGACGAUUAUGGGUCUGAAAUGGGUCAAGAGCCACUGCAGACACGCAGAGUUUGCCAUGAAGAUCGACGAUGACACUUCUAUCAUCCAACGCCGCAUUAUACCAAUCCUCCGCGAUGCACCCCGCAUCAGAUACACGUUGGGGUAUGUCUUCAAGAACCCAAUUGUCAUGCGUCACAAAAUCAAUAAAUUCUACAUGUCCAAGGCAUUUUACCCCAAUGCUUCCUUGCCGCCCUACUCUAGCGGCGCUGGGUAUAUUAUGUCAACGGACGUGGUCGAAGCAGUGUUCAACGUCGCUAUCACCAUUCCCAUCUUCCCGUGGGAGGACGUCUUCGUUGGCAUGUGCCUUCAGAAGCUCGACAUCGAGCCCAAUCACGAUGAAUCAUUCCUCUUUCGGGAAUCUUACAGAAAUCUCCUAACUGCCAAAAGGGCUGAAAGCGCAGAAAAGUACGUCAUAGCAACAAACAUUCCCCCCAGAAUCAUGGUAAGUUUCUACGACAGAUUCAGAAUAAAGGAGUCAUGAAGUAGUGACAUCAUAUAUUAUUGGACAACAGAUUAACUGCAUUACGCCUUUCCCAUUGAGUUAGCUUUACAAAAUUGUCUAAAACUCUACAACUUUAGACUUGGUGUUAGAAAAAUAGAAUGCCAUUGUUGUACCUUAUUUUGAUUAUUGUUCUUCAGUUCGGUCUGAGCGAUUUCAAAGACUGAAAAAGUUUCAAAAACGAGCUGCACGUGUAGUACUGACAGAAGGGUUUGAUGUAUCUUCGAAUGACACAUUCAGUCGUUUAGGAUGGAUACCUAUUCAGACUCGUUUCCAAUUUGGAAGGGCAGUGAUGAUGUGUAAAUGAAUCCAUGUGUGUGUGUAUUGGGUUUUUACAGACGUGUAUCAAUCAGA